AUGUCUCCUGCUGCUUUGAAUAAGUUGGUCGCCCUGCAGAGGACGCGUCUCGCCGAGCUUAAGAGUAUCCAUCGUCGAUUAGUGGCUAGACCGCUUUCGUCCCUGGAGGUCGAUCUGAUUCUGCCGGGAAUAGAUGCGUUGGCUACGGUAUUUGCGGCGGUGCGGCAGACCCACGAAGAGAUCGCAGUUAGACCGGACGCCGUUAGCGACCCGUAUAUGAUAAAGGAUGAAAUUGAGAAAAUCCGUGAGGCAUAUGAUGAGGCCUCCCGCGCGUUUGUAGCGUUGCGUCGACAGCUUAUCCAAGCAGAGGCGCCCACCCCCACAAGGGAAUCUUCCCACCCCCAGGGGUCCGGAUUAGAUCCGAGUUAUUCGGAGAUCCCAAAGAUGUCUCUUCCAGAGUUUUCGGGCGAUGAGGAGGAUUGGGAGAACUUUUUUGACAGUUUUAGGUCUAUGGUGCACGUUGCCCCGCGACUGGACGAUACCACCAAGUUGCGAUAUCUAAAAUCGUUCCUAGUCGGUGAGGCUGCAGGAUGGAUUAAAGAUGUGUCGAUUAGCACUGCGAAUUAUGCUAGCAUUUGGGAGGCGUUAAAGGCACAGUAUUAUAAUCCGAUGCUCCUUCAGUUUAAAAAACUUCAGGGAUUGUUCUGA